GUGAACUUUAGGGAGAGGUCAGAUUGAUUACUAAGAGCAGAGACUUUUACUCCUGAAUUACUUCCUGGCAGUAAAUCUGAUUUGUCAGCAGCAAUUGUGAAGAUUUUUCAGAGCAUACAAAAGCAAUUUUAAGGGAUUGGUAUUAAAUUCACAUCUGGUUGUGCAAGCAAGUGUGAAAGAAGGACUUCAAUAAUAUUUUUGUGUCUUAUUGAUUUUAUUUCUUCAAUUGACUUUACUGUGGAUUUCAAUAUGGGUCAUGAAUGUACAAGACUUAUCUUUAAAUCCUGGAGUUGUUAUUUUUACAAUAAAAAAGGGAAAACCCCAAAUAUUCUGGUAACAGAGCGGGAAGAAGUCCCUGUAUUUCUCUGAGAACAUGGGAGGGCGAAAGCCAGGGAAAAGUGUCAUCCGAGGAAAGAAGGGUGUUCCUGGUGCUACAGGCCAUGGCAAGGGUGACUUGGAAAAGGUGUGGAAGCAAAAAGCAAAGCAGGUAUCCCAAGGAUUGUUGGGAUCUGCCAAGAUGAAAAAUACUACUGGAAAGAAGAUAACACCAACCAAGCGAGAUGUCUCUGAGCCAAAAAGACCAAAGAUGAAGCACAGUGGUGCAUACAAGUUCAUGCCAGGAGUACAAAAGCAUGCCAAGGGAAGUGAAUCAGGUGCUGCUAUUGAUUUGCCCUAUCCUCAAGCCAAUUUCAAGCCUGUGGGGACGAAGCCCAUUGAUGCUGCAGCUCACUUGAACCUACUAGGAGAGUCUCUGUGUCUCAUAGGAAGGGGGUUGUUGGAGCAGUCGGGUCGUAUAGCUGUUUCAGGCACUAUGUCUGUAUUGCUGGACUCCUUAUUCUGUGCCAUUUGCCCUCUCAUGUGCCUCACUCAGCAAGUUCCCCAGCUUCAAAGCUCCAUACCUCAAGAAUUAUUAUCUAAGACAUUGGACAAUCUUGCAUACAUCAUGCCUGGCCUCUAAAGAGGCAGUUGUGCUCCAGUGUGGAUGUACCACUGAAUUCAACAUGAAGGAUAGUGGUAUAUCAUCAUAUGUAAAGUGUAUGUUCUUUUUGCCCUCCUUACAGGGAGAGUGCCUGUACCUGAAUUUUUUGGGCUUUUAAUAUGAAUGCUGAUGGUAUGAGAUAUAAAAUGAAUAUCUAGU